AUGGACUUCAAGCAUAUCUGGCAAGAAUAUGUCGUCCUCAAACCUCAUGCAGGGUCCUUCGCCAUCGACGACCCAGAUGCUGCCGCCUACACCAAUGAAGACAUGGAUCCCAUCAAGCGCAAAGACCGCACAUACGAAUGGUACCAGAUGGGACUGUUCUGGAUCGCCGAGGGAUUCAACGCCGCUCAGCUACAAGUCUCCAGCUCGGCAUUCUCUCUCGGCCUCAAUCCAGGACUGUGCGUGGUCGCCUGCUUGCUCGGCAACAUCAUCGUCUCCAUCCCAUGCGCCGCUUCAGGCUACUUGGGAAGCAAGCUGGGCACCAACUUUCCCGGCACCGUGCGAGCCUCGUUCGGGCUCUGGGGAUCCAAGUGGGCGAUGAUUGUCCGCGCAGUCCCCUGCUUGAUCUACUAUGGCAUUCAGACCAGCCUCGCCGGCCAAGCCGUACAGGCGUGCGUCACGGCCAUGUGGCCAUCCUUCCAGCACUGGCAAGUCGAUGCGUUUCCAGCGUCCGCAAACAUCACGGCCCAACAGCUUCUGUGUUUCGUCAUCUUCUGGCUUCUGUCACUGCCAUUUCUGUACCUGCCCAUCAAAACCCUGCGUUUCCUCUUCGUCGUCAAGAGCAUCAUGGUCCCGCUGUACUGGACCGCGCUGUUCACCUGGUCCAUCACCGCAGCUGGAGGAUGGCCCGCGCAUAUCUGGAAGAAACCGAGCCUCCCUACGAACGGCAUGUCGGUUGGGUAUUUGUUCGGCAUCUGCGUCAACGCCGCCAUCUCCGGCAACGCGACGUUCGCGGUCAACAUCAUGGAUAUUUCUCGCCACUCGAAAAGCGACCGGGCCGCCUGGAUGACCCAGCUCUUCGCGCUCCCCGUGUUCGUCACACUCACCGAGCUCCUAGGCUGCACGAUGGCUGUGGCGAGUUCCGUCGUCUACGGCGGGAUCCAAUGGAACCCGCUGGUGACGAUCAACAACUUCGAAGCCCGAGGCGGCAAGUUCUUCGCGGGAGCACUCUUUGUGUUUUUCAACAUCAUGACCAACGUCACGGGCAAUUCGAUCCCUUUCGCCAACGACCUCACCGGCCUGUUCCCCAAGUACAUCAACAUCCGCCGUGGACAGUUCAUCUGUGCGGUGAUUGGGUUCGCCAUUUGUCCCUGGGAGAUCGAGGCCAAAGCCACGACUUUCCUGGCCUUCAUGGGCGCAUAUACUUUAUUUCUGGGUGCCACGACGGGCGUCAUGAUGACCGAUUACUUCUGGGUCCGACGCGGCUACGGCAUCAACAUCUCGCAUCUGUUCAAGCCGCGCGUCAGCGGCAUUUAUUGGUACACUCACGGCUUCAAUUGGCGGGCUUUCGUCUCUUGGUUCGUCGCGCUGGCGCCCUUGUUGCCCGGCAUGGUACAGACUAUGGGCGUCAAGAUCACGAAUAAGGGCAUACUCAAUUUGUACUCGUGGAAUUAUGUCCUCGUUGUCACUUUUUCCGCGCUGAUUUACGCCGGAUUGACCGCCAUCUCGCCGGUUCCUGUCAAGACAGACGACGAGGAUUUUGGAAAGCUGUACUUGAUCGAUGGACUGGAUACUGAGGGCAUUGCUGGUGCAGAAGCGAGGGAGGAGCAUGUCCACAACAAUGAAGACGGCAGUGGGAGAGGAAGUGAAAAGAAGGGGUUCGUGUUGGAUACUGUGGUAUGA